AUGUCAUUUUUAAACACAAUCAAAGGGCUAGGUAGAAGCUCCAAGAAAAACAAAAAGGAUUUAGAACCUACAAAUAGUUCAUUAUAUUCACAUUCAAAUCUAUCAGGUAAUAACUUAAGAAGAACUCAAUCACCAACCAAGAACUCAAGUCCAACUAAAUAUAAUAAUUCAUCACCUAUACGAUCAAAUCAAAAUACUAUAAAUAGCAAAACACCACAAAAUAUACCCACAAUAAGGUCGUCUCACACAACUCAUCAAGGUUCACCAACAAAACGAAAUAGAGGUUUAAAUCAUCAUCAACAACAACAUCGUUCACCUCAAAAAGUCAACACUAACAAAAAUAUACAAAUUGAAACUCCAUUAUUUUUAUGUGAUCCAUAUGUUAAAACUGCAUUAGUUAAAGGUUCAUAUAAAACUAUAGUUCAAUUACCAGCAUUUGUAGAUUUAAAUGAAUGGUUAGCAUUAAAUAUAUUUGAAUUUUUUGGAAAUUUAGAUUCAUUUUAUAGUUUAAUUUCAGAAUUUGUUAAACCUGAUUUAUUUCCAACAAUGAAUGCAGGACCAACAACAAAUUAUUUAUGGGUAGAUGGAUCAGGUCAAGCAAUAAAUUUACCAGCUUGUCAAUAUAUUGAUUAUGUUAUAACUUGGAUAUCAAAUAAAAUUAAUGAUCAAGAAAAUUUUCCAACAAAAAAUGGAGCAAUUUUUCCUCAAUUUUUUAUAAAAGAUAUUAAAAAUAUUUCAAGACAAAUGUUUAGAAUUUUUGCUUUUAUUUAUUUUAAUCAAUUUGAUAAAAUUAUUCAUUUAAAUCUUGAAGCUCAUUUUAAUUCAUUUUUUGCUCAUUUUAUUUCUUUUAUAAAAGAAUUUAAUUUAUUGGAUAAAAAGGAAUUAGAUCCUUUACAACCUUUAAUUGAUUCUUUUGAAGCUCAAGGUAAAAUAAAUUAA